CCCCUGUCGCCAUGGGAACAGCCGCGGCGGCCCGGCUCUCUCGCGCCUUGCCCGCCUCGGUCUCUGCUGCUCCAGGGGCGGGUAGGGUGGGCUGAGGCGGGGCCGCCGCCGCCGCUGCUGCUGCCACCACCGCCGAGUAGAGGCCGAUAGCGGAGCCGGCGCGGGUCCCGGAGGAGAGCGCGGCCGCCGGGCGCUCGGUCCCCGUCGCGGUCGAGGCCAGGGGCGCGCGGCGAUGUGAGCCAUGAGCGCGACGUGGACGCUGUCCCCCGAGCCUCUGCCGCCGUCGACUGGGCCCCCGGCAGGCGCGGGGUUGGACGCCGAGCAGCGCACGGUGUUCGCCUUCGUACUCUGCCUGCUCGUGGUGCUGGUGCUGCUGAUGGUACGCUGCGUACGCAUCCUGCUCGACCCCUACAGCCGCAUGCCCGCCUCGUCCUGGACCGACCACAAGGAGGCGCUCGAGCGCGGCCAGUUCGACUACGCGCUGGUCUGAGCCGCGACAACCCCCGGCGGCCGCGUCGCUUUUACGGGGGGCACACCCGACAGGGGUGCCGCCGGCCGGGACUGCGCUCAGGAUCUCGCUCCAGAGCCCAGCCCGACGGGGAGGGAGUGAGAAGUCCAUCCGCUCCCUGCCCAGACCCCUCUCAUCCUCCCCGGCAGGCCCGAGGCCCACUUCGUGCCUUUAUCCCUGUCCUAGCCCCAUAACUCACCGACCACCCAGCCUGUGGGUGGCUCUGCUAUUGUCCUGCAGCCAGCAUGAGUGUUGUAUCCAUUCCAGAAUGCGGGGACCCCAAUGUCUCCCCCUGUCGUCUGGCCAUCCCCACUCCCCCUCCAUUCCCCUGUAAGUGUUGAGCCCCUCCUUGGGCUCCCUCCUGGACCCACAGGGUGGACGUGAACGCUACAUAUCAGUAUGCCCAGUGCAGUCUGCCCGGGAGACCGAGCCUGAAGAGCUGCAAUGGCUGCUGUGUCCAGGAUGCAUGGUGCCUUCCGUUGGGGGAAAGCACACAGGCUCACUCCCACCCCCAGCCCAGGCCCCAGUCCAGCUCAGCACUCCCCUCCCUUAGUCACCAUCUCCGCCCUUCACUGGCCCUCCUGCCAACCCCCCAGGAACUCUGCCCUCCCCCUGCUUUCCUCAUGCCUUCUCACUCCUCCCUGCCUCUGAGCUAAUGGUGAUAAUAAAAGCUAUUAUUGAGCGCUUGA